UGGGCGAGUUGACCAAAUGUUAUCUUAUCCUUCGUCGCUCACUCUUCUUUUUUAUACAUAAGAGAAAGUUCUCAACUUUGCCAACGACAAAAACCCUUUUCUUUUUGUUAAUAGUCAUAUUAAUCUGGUCUUCUUCUUCUUCUUCAUCCUCCCCUCAUCGAUUACUCGCUUUACUAUAGUAUUUAUUUUGAUUUUUAAGAAAAGGUAAUAAUUAUUAUUAGAGUGGUGUGUGAUCUGUAGAGAUCUGCAACUGAGAAAUUCCACGCCCACCACAUUUUUCUCUCUCUCUCUCCCUUCCUUCACCCAGAUUCCAUCUUAACAACAAAGAGAGAGUUGAAAUUAUGUUGAGAGUUGGGGGAUAUUUGUGAUGAGAUGAGGAGGGAUGCUCUCUGCCUUGAUGAACUUUCUCAAUGCCUGUCUCUGGCCUUCUCACCACCACCACCACGGUGGUCCCUCUGAUUCUGGCGGCCGUCAAGAUGGACUCUUAUGGUUCCGCGACUCCGGUCACCACGUCUUUGGUGACUUCUCCAUGGCCGUCGUUCAAGCCAACAACUUGCUUGAGGACCAGAGCCAGCUCGAGUCUGGUUCUCUUUCCUCCCACUCCUCUUCUUCUCCUCCUUUCGGCACCUUUGUUGGCGUCUACGAUGGUCACGGCGGCCCUGAGACUUCCCGCUUCAUCAACCUUCAUCUCUUCCACCAUCUCAAGCGGUUUGCUGGGGAGGAAGGGUGUAUGUCUGCUGAAGUGAUAAAGAAAGCCUUCCAAGCUACUGAACAAGGUUUCCUCUCCUUAGUUACCACUCAAUUCCAUACCAGGCCUCAAAUUGCCACCGUUGGCUCUUGCUGCCUUGUUUCCCUCGUCUCCGAUGGUACCCUCUACGUUGCCAAUGCUGGUGACUCUCGUGCCGUCCUCGGUCAACUCACUUCUGCUGGGGGGCUUGUUCACGCCACUCAGCUCUCUCAAGAGCACAAUGCUUCUAUUGGGUCUGUUCGACGGGAACUGCAGAGCCUCCAUCCCGACCAUCCUGAUAUCGUGCUUCUCAAACAUAACGUUUGGAGAGUUAAAGGAAUCAUUCAGGUUUCAAGAUCCAUUGGGGAUGUGUAUCUGAAACGCUCCGAGUUCAACAGGGAACCAUUGUAUGCGAAAUUCAGACUGAGGGCACCCUUCAGCAGGCCCUUACUCAGUGCAGAGCCCUCCAUCACCGUCCACACACUCCAGCCCCAUGACCAGUUUAUAAUAUGUGCGUCCGAUGGACUUUGGGAACAUAUGAGCAACCAAGAAGCUGUAGAGAUUGUCCACAAUCAUCCUCGUAACGGGAUAGCAAAGAGGCUGGUGAAAGUGGCGCUGAAAGAAGCGGCAAAGAAGAGAGAGAUGAGGUACUCAGACCUGAAAAAGAUAGACAGAGGAGUACGAAGACAUUUCCAUGAUGACAUUACAGUCAUAGUUGUCUUCUUUGACACAAGCCUAGUUGUGAGCAGAGCUAGAGGACCGGCGGUGUCUGUGAGAGCCGCGGGAGUCAACCUUCCUCACAACAGCUUGGCGCCUUGCACCACUGCUGCCUCCUCCUCCUGACCCCUCUUUUUAUUUCAUUUCCAAAGAUGAUGAUGUGCUCUGUAAACUAUGUAUCUUAUUAUUUAAUUAUUGUUGAUUGGGGGGGAAGGGAUCAAUCAAGUGGUAGUUUUGUUACUCUUAAAGAAAAAAUCACAAUUGUUUUCAAAGUUUGUGUUCUUCUUGCUCUGUAACCCCUUGAGCUAUGCUAAUCAUGUUUUCUUUC